AUGGAAGAACUAUUGCGCUCGCUGCGCAAUUUGGAGCUGGCUGAGCCACAUGGCGAGCAAAUUGUUGCAUUAGUAGAUCCAGACCCACGCGUAGAAAAGCAGCUUGCACAGCAACUUGCUGUGCCUGCGCGCAUCGAACUCCAUGAGGAUGACGCGAGUGCUUUGAUGGACGCGGCUCUCAUGAGCGGAGCGACCGAAGCCAUGCUCGAUAACUACAAUGCAGCACUCAAAAAGGAAUCAGAUAUGCUGCAGAAAGAAUUUGAGAAUCGAAAGAAGCCGUCGCGUGUCAAGCCCGUGCCCCUGAAAGCGUUGCUAGCUGCACAGGAAGCAGCCAUUCGUCGCCGGCAUGCCGAGCGUGAAGCCGGUUCCACGCAUGAUGGACACGUAUAUGUACCGCGCCAAAUCAUGGAUACAGAGCAUACGUACGCAUCGGAGAAGCCGGUUUCCGCUCUUUCGAGGAUGGACAUGGACGAGCUGAUGGCGCCAAAACGGUACGAGCACAAGUACCUACUUGUUCAAGUCGCGUCGCGCUUGGCUCUGUAUGCGAGCUGUUGUUUCGUCGGUGUCACGCCUCAAGGAGGCGCUAUUCCCGUUAGCAUUGCGCAUUUUACACCCAAUUUGCAUCUAUACGGAGAUGAGCUCGACGCACUCUUGCCGAUCGGUAGCGUGUUGCUAAUCCGCGAGCCAUAUGUCAGCCAGCACUACAUGGGCGUAGGUGGUCCUGUCACUGGUGGAAAAGGUAUGGUUGGUGUACGUGUCGAUACGCCCGCUGAUGUGCAUGUCCUUGAUGCGAGAGAUCCGAUCCUGCAAGGGGUCGAAUGGAAGCACAAGGUCCCUGUGAUGGAGGAGCACGCUGUGUCCAACGUGGUGUGGCGUCAAGAAGGACCCCUUACACGAGCAUGGCAGCUCCAUAUAGAGCCGAUCGACAUGUCUCGGGAAAGUGUGCAUGCAACGGUCCGCACGCUCUUGCAGCAAGAGCGGCCUGGCGCAGCCUGGCGCGAGAUAUGUGCGGCUGAACUGUUUGGUAUUUGGUCGGCGGCAAGAAAGACGAGGCGGCGCGAAAACUCUCGAUGUCCUGCGCUCGUUCACGAUACCCUUCUCAAGGCGGAAGUACUAUUCUCAUUGCAACUGUAUGAUCGAGUGUGCGAAUGCCUGGACAAGUGUGCAGGUAUGUCCUUAUCUGAAUCAGAGCAAGCGGCAGUGACAGAUCGGCGGAGCGCCGCACAAUUAGCACUGGAGGUUGGUCGUAAAGGUCCCUCCGAUACACAGCUGUAUGACAUGUUUUUGCGCACGCUUCAAGAUCCGACGCCCCGCUACGACUAUGCUGAGUACGUGGGACCCGUUUGUGUGGCCGACAUACCAGGCGCUGGACGCGGUCUUGUGCUGACACGCGAUGUGGAAGAAGGCGAACUUUUGUUGUUCUGUCGUGCCAUGGGAAGCAGCUAUGCGAAAGACGCGGCGUGCCUGGGCAUGCCCCUACUUCGUUGCAACCCAGAUACAGGCGUCACAAGCACAACGACGCAAGUGUUGGCGGCCACGAGGUGUAUGCACGCGAUGAUGGACCGGCCAGAAUUAGCACUGCCGUUCCUCGGCUUGACGGCGGGGCCUGACACACCGUACUCACACUACGUGCUGGAACCGUACCCACUGCAGACACGCGCCAUGUACGAAGUGAAAGAUGCGCUGCACAUGGUGUCGCCAUUGUCCUCAGCGACACCGCUCUGCGUGUCAUCGCAUUACGUCAACAACGUGCUGCGAUUCAAUGCGUUUGGACCUGCAGCCGUCCCGGCGGCAGAGGCCGGCAACGACCCUAUGUCGCGCUCGACGAUGCCACAUCCCUUGCCGGCUAUUCUGAAUCACGCGUGCUUGCCGAACGUGUCGUCGGUGUUCUUCGGCGACUUUGUCACGACGCGUGCCUUACACCCGCUGCCAAAGGGCACACAAAUCAUGCAUCAAUACGUCCAGGGCGAAGUACCUUACGAUGCAAGGCAGGCACAGCUUGCCAAGCACGGAUUUGUGUGUACUUGUGGUCUAUGUGAGUUGGACGCAGCCGAUGGCGCCGAGCGGCGGAAGCGCCGAGACGAGAUUCUUGCGCGUGAUUGGCCGCCUCUUCAGGAUCGGAGCCGUGCACUCUUGAAAGGCGAUACUCACGGGCAUGCGGCGGCGGCCGAGGCACACAAAGACAUGGCAGAGUCGCUCAUAAGCGUGGCAGACGCACUUGCUCAGACGUAUGCACCAACGCGCGGAAAACUCCAGCCGGACAUGGUCGAUGUGUGGCACCGAGCUGCGAUGCAUGUGCGAGUGUACGACAGGCAGCAGGCAAUGGAUCUCGCGCAUCUCAGUCUCGCGGCAACAGGCGCAGUGCCAUGCGCAGACGGUCCACACCAACGCAUCUCGCACCUGCCACAGCUGCACUUGGAUGGCGCUGUACGCAGCAUGCUCAUGCUCGCUGGUCUGCACUGGGAUACCGAUGCACCAGAUAGCAGACAACAAGCACUUGGAUGGCUCGAGUCGGCCGUUCACUCACACACGUGUAUGAUUGGAGGCGGCCGUGCACUCUUUCUCCAACGAUGGGGCGGCGAUCGUGCCGAAGGCGAGUAUGAGAAGCCGCUCCAUGCAUGGCUCAGCACGAACGCAUCUUGA